GUGUGUCAGUCUCUUGAGCGGUACCGUGAGUUAAAGUCCUCAGACAUUCCUAUGCAGUGACACCUCAGUAGAUCAACUAUUGUGCUCGUGAGCUGCUCUGCUGCAGUGUCUGUCUGCUGUUGCUGACUGAAUGAGUUUCCCGCCUCCACCAGCUUAAACUCAACGCUGUUUUUAAUACGGUUGCUGCUGCGGGGCUCUGCAAAUUUAACAGUCAUUUUCUGAAACCAGGAUGAAGUUUCACCCUCUCUCGCGUGAGAGACGGUUUUCUAGUGUGACUUUCUGCAGAGUGUUCUGAGCCUCGAGGUCUUGGGAGAAGAGGUUAAAGUCGGGAGGGGCGACUAAAUUGAGAAGACGCAGCCGUCGCUUUCUGCUGUAGUCAUCCUAAAGCUUCCACUUCAGACAGACCCACAGAGAUACUCUCUCUGAUCUCAAGGCCAUUGUCUCUAGGGGUAGUUUGCCAGAAGCUUGUGCUUGUGUAAAUUGAGCAAGGAGAAUCUGUCAUCAGGUGCCUAGUGAAAUGAGGGUUCGUGUGGAAAGACAGGCGCAUAUUGACCUCAUGAGCUCCAUGGCCUCCGAGGGGGCUUCUACUGUGCUGGGAGUGAAGAGUCUUGGUAAGGAGACUUCAGCAAGUAAUGGAGAUGCUCUCAUAACCGGGAUCUACGGCUUGCCUGAGAGUGAAUCCCCUCAGACACCUGUCAAUUGUCCAUUUGACCCUUUUGAAGGGGACUCACCGGGCACAGAGUGCAGAAUACGAAAGUCUUUGGAUACUAGGUCUAAGAGUUUGGAUUGCUUGGACAAUACCUACAGGUCCAAAUACUGCAGCUGUGGGGCUGCAAGGCACGGGGAAGAAGGGUUGUACGUUUGCCAGAUGUGUGGGUUUUGCGAUCCAGUGGAAAGCGAAGAAGGCUGCCCGGAGAAUAGCUUUCCUCCUAGAAGCUGGGGAACGGUGCCCCAGCAGAGGAAAGCAGAAGAGAUUUCUUCUGAUGUUCCUUUUCUUGCUGGAGGACAGCCAGCAUUGAGUGGUUCAGAUGGUGAACUGUGCCAGAUGGAAUUAGUCAUCAGCCAAAACACGGAGAGCCUGCCGUUCUGUGGGCUGGAUUUGAGGCGAAGCAGCGUGCCAGUAUCCUCGCCACAAGGCCCUCAAUGCGCCAAUGGCUGCGGCACUGCUGCGAAUAACAAAAUGCGUGACAGAAUAGACUUUGUAUGUGCAGUGUGUCAUAAAAAUGGAUUCUCUAGUCUGGAAAGGCUUAACCGGAAAACCAAACCCAUGUGCUCUCAGGACAGGUGCCUUAAGAGGUCCACACCCUUCAGGUUGUCUGCAAGUCAGAACUGUAGUGACAGUGAGGGCACCGUGUCCGACAGCGAGUUUGUGCGAAACAAGAAAGAGCGCUCUACUGUCCUGGUCAGGAGGUAUUUCAAGAACAACCAGAAAAUUAAAAAGACCGUGUGCACAGGCACCAGAGCUAUAGUGAGGACUCUACCCACUGGCUGCAUCUCCGACAGAGUCUGGGAGUCUGUUUGUGGGAAAACAUGCCACCUCGGUGAGAAGCGCACGCAUGAGGCGAGAGGAUACAGCAGAGUGCUUCAGGCCAUCCAGCUGCAGGUUUCCAGGGCCCUUCUCAUCUACCCAGGGGUCAAGUAUGCAGAGAUUGGCCAUGUUAUUCCUACGCUGAGUCCUGAGGUCCAUCUCCUGAACCCAUCCAGGAAGCUGCUUGCCCAAGCGGUGUCAUGGCCGCCAGUCUCCACGUUGCAGAUUAGAUUUCGGGUUUGUCCUCCUAGAACCAGCAUUGCAGCUCAUCUGAGCGGGGCCCUGCUGGAGGCGACAGCUGCUCUCGGGGCCCGAAGUUCUCUUCCCAGCUUCACUGUUGGUUCCACAGGUCGACCAAUGCUUAAAGAACGGCAGCUGUGCAGCUCCAUGGCCAACUCCAACAUCCUCCCGUCUGCUGUGACAGGCAUCAGUAAGGAACUAGCUGAUCUGCGGCACCUCAUCCAGUUUCCAGAGGAGAUCGCCACCAUCCUGACAGAACAGGAGCAGCAGCUGUACCGUCGCGUCUUCCCCCUUGACUACCUCAGCUUUCUCACCCGAGACCUGGGCAGCCCAGAGUGCCACAAACGCCACCCGCACCUAAAAGCCUCCCUGUCCGCCCCCAUCAUGCCCACUCAGAACGACCAUCACAACACAGUAGAAGAUCUCGUCACAAGAUUCAACGAGGUGAGCUCAUGGGUGACCUGGCUUAUCCUGACUGCUGGGUCCAUGGAGGAGAAGAGAGAAGUCUUCUCAUACCUUGUCCAUGUGGCGAAGUGCUCCUGGAACAUGGGCAAUUACAAUGCGGUCAUGGAGUUCUUGGCAGGUCUCAGGUCUCGCAAAGUGCUGAAGAUGUGGCAGUUCAUGGACCAGGCAGAUAUUGAGACCAUGCGUGGUCUAAAGGACGCCAUGGCCCAGCACGAAUCAUCAUCUGAGUAUAAGAAAGUGGUCAACCGUGCCCUCAACAUCCCAGGAUGCAAAGUGGUGCCCUUCUGUGGUGUGUUCCUUAAGGAACUUAGUGAGGCUCUGGAUGGUGCAGCCAGCAUUAUUGCACUACGUCCCUCUUUUGAUUCUCAAGAAGAUCCUGUUGAGUUUGUCACCGAAUACAACGGCCAGCAGCACUUCCUGCAGAGGGUUGGGAGCGAUGGGCUCCACAGCUCAGACAAGGAGGCGACAGUCAGUAACAUUCUGCAGACAAUUCGCAGUUGCAACCGAAGCUUGGAGGCCGAGGAGCCUGAGGAGAAAGCACGAGAGAUCACAGUUUCCCCCAAAAAUUCCUUCAAAGACAAGAGCAGAAACCAGAAAGUACCUGGGUCAGAGCGUGUCCUGUUUUUAGUAGGGGACCUCUCAGACUCUGAAGGGGACCCAUUUGAGCUGGCUAAGGACAUAGACCUCCAGACCACAGAAGAGGUGAAUGGACCCUUUAGCCAUGGUACGGAGCUCAUUCCUUGGUACGUGCUCUCACUUCAGCCGGAUAUCCACCAGUUCCUGCUCCAGGGAGCAACCGUCAUCCACUACGACCCCGAGACCCAUCUCACCGCCCGUUGCGUCCUUCGCCUACAGCCCGAUAACUGCUUCCUCACCUGGUCCAAGCCCCACAGUAGCUGCGGCCCAGGUGGAAGAGCCAGAGGCUUCAUGGGACAUCCACCAUCCCCAGACCACUUACCCCUGGGCCAACCUGUGCACUGUGGACUGUCCGACGGACUCCUGGACCUUAAUGUGGUGAAGGCUGUGUUUAUGGGUCACCCUGGAGUGGAUGUUAACUAUGUGUGCCUGCAGCACAAACUGUGUAACAUGAACCCUGGCGAAAAUGGUGUCACGCUGCUAUAUGGACUUCACACCACAGACAACAGGCUCCUGCACUUUGUGGCCCCCAAGCACACGGCACGCAUGCUGCACAAGGGCCUCCAGGAGCUGCUCAGUGCCAUCAGGAAGAUCAGGAAAUUUCCUGACCAGAGACUGCAGUGGCUGCGAAAGCAGUAUGUUAGUUUGUACCAGGAGGACGGUAGAUUUGAGGGACCCACACUGGCCCAUGCUAUUGAACUGUUUGGUGGGAGACGGUGGAAUAUGGGCACUAGCGGCCCUGGAUCCGCCAGCAAGAGUGCAGAGAAGAACUCAGUUCAGAAAAAUAGUCCGCUGGGCAUCAACUCAAAUGUAAAAAAGAAGAAGAAAACCUUAGUCAGGGGGGACAGUGGCGAUGGAACAGAUGAUGAGAUGAUCUCACGCAAGACCAGGAGCUGUAAGGAGACUUUAGGGAGGAGAGAGUCUGACCCUUUGGAAAGUGUCGAGCAGGAAGAGGCUGAGGACUGCAGUACCUCUGGCCACCCUGGACCCUUUUCCUUAUCCAACAGCAAAGGCCAGUCUCCUGGAUCCUCCUUGUCCUCUUCCUCAUCUUCCUCUGGCUCCUUUAGCACAAACAUCUCCACCCCUACACGCCCCCAUUCCUCCCCCAUUCUCCCCAGCAACUCCAAAAGUCAGCCAGGGGCCUGGAGCAGUCGGAGCUGGCAUGGACGAGGGAAAGGUUGCUUCAGGGGCUUCCAGGAACUCAUGAUCUCUGACAGCAUCAUGAGCUUUGUUGAAUUUGUGGAGCUCUUCAAGUCUUUUAGCAUCCGCAGUCGCAAGGAUCUGAAGGAACUGUUCGACACCUACGCCGUGCCAUGUAGUCGCUCGGGUCCUGAUUCUGUUCCUCUAUACACUACACUGAGGAUUGACGACAAACUUACGGGACUGCAACCAGAUCUUGAUCUCCUAACUCGCAACGGCUCUGAUCUGGGCCUUUUUAUCCGCACGCGGCAGCAAAUGUCUGAAAACCAGAAGCAAAUUUCAGAUGCCAUUGCAGCUGCAAGCAUUGUGACCAAUGGCACUGGAGUGGAGAAUUCGUCGCUGGGUGUGCUGGGAUUGGCCAUCUCUCAGCUCAAUGACUUCUUGGUCAACUGUCAGGGAGAACAUCUGAGCUAUGAUGAGAUCCUCAGCAUCAUACAGAAAUUUGAGCCUUCUUCAAACAUGCGUCAGAUGGGGUGGAUGUCGUUUGAAGGAUUUGCCAGGUUUCUAAUGGACAAGGACAACUUUGCCUCUAAAAACGAGGAGUCUCAAGUGAACCUGGAUGAGCUCCAGUAUCCGCUCUCGUACUAUUACAUCGAGUCCUCUCAUAACACAUACCUCACGGGCCAUCAGCUGAAGGGAGAAUCUUCAGUGGAGCUUUACAGCCAGGUUUUGCUGCAGGGCUGUCGUAGCGUUGAGCUGGACUGCUGGGACGGGGACGACGGCAUGCCUGUUAUUUACCAUGGACAUACUCUCACUACUAAGAUUCCUUUCAAGGAUGUUGUCGAGGCCAUCAAUCGUGCAGCGUUUGUGAACUCAGAGAUGCCUGUGAUUCUGUCCAUUGAAAACCAUUGCUCUUUACCACAGCAACGCAAAAUGGCUGAGAUUUUCAAGACGGUGUUUGGAGAGAAGCUGGUGACCAAGUUCCUGUUUGAGAGUGAUUUUGCGGAUGAGCCUUUGCUUCCAACUCCUCUGCAGCUCCGAGGGAAGAUCCUCCUCAAAAAUAAGAAGUUGAAAGCUCACCAAGCUCCAGUCGACAUUCUCAAACAAAAGGCACAUCAACUGGCUCACAUGCAGGCCCAGGCCAACAACGGCACAGUCAGCGGAACGUCCCUGGGAAACAAUGAUGAAGAAGAGGAGGAGGAAGACGAGUAUGACUAUGAUUAUGAAUCACUGUCUGAUGCUGAUGUCCUCAAUGCUUCCACAGCCUCUUAUGGCCAGGAAGACAAUAUUCUGGACGACAAACCCGAAGGCAAGUCAUCCACUGAGAAACUUCAGUACGAGUCCAAUGAUGAGAUGCCGAAGCGGUUUAAGAAAGCAGGAAGCAAAGGAAAGAUGUUCGACAUGGAACUAGGAGAGGAGUUCUACCUGCCCCAGAAUGAGAAGGAGAGCAGACAGAUCGCUCAAGAACUCUCUGAUCUGGUCAUCUACUGUCAGGCUAUCAAAUUCCCAGGCCUCUCCACCCUCUCCCCAUCAGGCUCUGGAAGGGGAAAAGACAGAAAAAGUCGGAAAUCCAUUUUUGGCAGCGCUCCUGUUCGCGGAAGCCCCGGGGAGCCCGUGACGUUGGUCCGAGCUCCAGGGAAAGCCAGUCUGGAGGGCAUUCGUAUGAACUGGGAGGAACAAACAUCGCUGACGCUGAGCCCGAGCACCUCUCUUAGCUCCAUCAUCCGCACACCCAAAUGCUACCACAUCUCCUCUGUAAACGAGAACGCUGCAAAGCGUUUAUGUCGUCGCUACUCCCAGAAACUCAUCCAGCACACCAGCUGCCAGCUGCUCCGCACGUACCCUGCGGCCACACGCAUCGACUCUGCCAACCCCAAUCCUCUCAUCUUCUGGCUGCAUGGAAUUCAGCUGGUCGCCCUCAACUAUCAGACUGACGACCUGCCAAUGCAGCUGAACGCAGCUCUGUUUGAGGCUAAUGGUCACUGUGGUUAUGUACUGAAGCCUCCGGUCCUGUGGGAGCGAAGCUGCCCCCUCUAUCAGCACUUUUACCCUCUGGACCGAGACUUGGAGAACAUGACCCCUACACUCUACACUGUCACUAUUGUUUCAGGGCAGAACGUGUGUCCGGGUAACUCAAACGGCAGUCCCUGUGUGGAAGUGGAGGUAUUGGGUAUGCCGGCAGACAACUGCCAUUUCCGUACCAAGCCCAUACACCGCAACACACUCAAUCCCAUGUGGAAUGAGCACUUCCUGUUCCACGUGCACUUCGAGGAUAUGGCAUUUCUGCGCAUUGCUGUAGUGGAGAACAACAGCUCGCAGGUCACAGCUCAGCGGAUACUUCCCCUUAAAACCCUCAAACCAGGCUACAGACACCUGCAGCUGAGGAACCUGCACAACGAGGCUCUGGAGGUCUCGAGUCUGUUCAUCUUCAGCCGCAGAACGGAGGAGAGUCCCACCGGAGGACCGCUGCCGGCGUCUGUGCUGUUCAGCACGGAGGAAAGACGCGCCGCUCAGCAGCACAAAGUGACAGUGCAUGGAGUUCCAGGCCCCGAACCCUUCACUGUAAUGUGCGUUGAUGAAUACACCACGGCCAAACAGCUUCUGGACUCUUUGUUUCCGACUACCUCCUUCAACUACUUCCUGAUGGAGGAGCGAAUGCCUCUCUCAAAGGAGAAGAGCGAGUCAAAGAGAGCGCCUCAGCAGCGCCCCCUAGCGAAUGAUGAACGGCUCCUGAAAGUUCUUCACAGCUGGCAGCCGGAGGAAGGAUAUGUGGGCAGAAUAUGCCUGAAAACCAGGGAGGAGCAGAACUUCAAUGAAAAGAAUCUAGUGACGGAGGGGGUGGAGGAGGUGAGCAGCGGAGAGGAGGACACGUUCUUCGUGCAGGUUCAUGAUGUUUCUCCUGAGCAGCCGCACACUGUCAUCAAAGCCCCCCGUUACAGCACAGCCCAGGACAUCAUUCAGCAGACUCUGAGCAAAGCCAAGUACUCUCUGAGCAUCCUGAGCAACCCUAACCCAUGUGACUACGUCCUGAUGGAGGAGGUUACCAAAGACGCGGGCAGUAAGAAAUCAUCCUCAGCUAAAGCAUGCCAGCGUGUGCUGCAGGACCACGAGUGUGUGUUCCAGGCUCAGAGCCGGUGGAAGGGAGCCGGGAAGUUCAUCCUCAAGCUCAAAGAGCAGAUCGCCCGCGAGGACAAGCGUAAGGGCGUGUCUUUUGCCAGCGAGCUCCGGAAGCUCACGGGUCGGAGUCGGAGCUUGACUGUGAACACGAGCAUGAACGGCCCGGCAGCCCAGGAGCCGGCACACAGUAAGGAGGAGAAGGCUGCAUGUCCCAGCAUGGUGCCUCUGCCCGAGGCCUCGGAGUGAAGGAACUCUCUGCAGUGUGUGUGUGCAGUGCAUGGAGCUCCACCAGAGUCUCUGUCGAUGGGGCUGAAGGCCUGGGUGGCCGAGGGACGCUUGGGUUCUCAGAGACUGUGUGCGGGACACCCCGUGUCCCAGUGUGGCGGUCGCGCCCCUGCCCCCUCCGGCUGGUCCCUCCCGCUGCUGUGGAACUGGAAGCUGCAUAAAUGAGUCCAGAGCCAGAGCAGCACCUCUAGUGUUCACUCCUCUCACACGGCUCAGGCUGCUUCAGGAAGACACAGUACAGCCUGAUGGAGAGCGUACAGCUGUUCGUGCUCAUCUUUCACAGUCGUGCAGUGGCCUGGGUGUGAUUCGGGCUUGCUGAUGGGUCGUGGAAGGGUUCAGUCAGUUCAGCAGCCUGUGUUGUUGUAAACGGAUGUCAGAUGAAGGCAGUUUCGCCUCACUUCUAUUCUUCUUCUUCUUGUCCUACUUCAACAGUACUGUAAGUCAUGAAUGCAUUUAUAUGCAUUUCAUUUUCUUUGUGGUUUUGCACAUUAUUAUUAUUUUAAGUCCAGCUAUUUUGAAAGAUUAAUACUUUAUUUACAUCCCUGUUUUGGAUUGCUGAAAUUAAAUCGAGCAUGAAAAUGCCUCCAGCACAGUAUCACACUAUAGUUUUUUUUUUUUUUUUUAAGCGAAUCUUAAGUUUUUAUUUGUGUUUGGUGAGAUUUAUUCAGAGUUCAGAGCAAAUGCACACAAGAUGUUUCGAAGGAUGCGAGGCAGAUUUGUUCUGCAUAUUUUAGCAGCUAAAUGAAUUUGAUGGCUUUCAUUGCACAUGUCCUGUACCUGUAGAUCACACUGCAUUUAAAUGACCAACAGCAAACAAUGCAAGAUGUAGAGCGGUACCUUUCUAUACACGGCCACAAAUCUACUUACAGUAUUAGAAAAACAAGCAUUUGAAGAAACGCCACUUUAAAAAAUUUUUUUGGAAGUAUAUGUUACUGUAUAUUAAGAUUUCUUUCAUUAGAGCUAGGAAAUUUUUUUUUUUUUUUUUUUUUUGCACUGCAGUGCAAUUUCAAAUAUUUUUUUCUUGCAUUUACAGAGAACCCUCAAUAUUAAAUGGCUCCUUUGACGUCUAUCAUCGUCACUUUUGAAAUAUUUUAAUUAAAAUAUCAGUAAAAUUGAGGUUUAUUAUGGAAGCUUGUUUCCACCACUAAAAAAAAAUAAAAUAAAGGUAAUUGCAACUUAUCUCACAAUUCUGACACUUUUUCUCAGAAUUGCGUGAUAUAAAGUCAGUUAUAUUUCGCAAUUCUGACUUUUUGAAUUGUGAGAUUUAAACUCACGAGUUAUAAAGUCAAUUUUUUCUCACAAUUGGACAUUGUAAUCUCACGAUUCUGAGGAAAAAAGUUGCAAUUGCCUUCUAUUUAUUUCAUGGUGGAAACAAGCUUCCGUAGUUUAUAUCCCAUAUGACCUCUGUAAUAAAUGUUUUAUUAUUUCCUAUUUGUGUUAAAUGAAAUUUUGCUAUAAUAUAUUCAUGUGAUUUUUAAACACUGCAUAGCAGUUGAAUCCCCUGUUUAACUUUCUUUAUGGUUGAAAAGGUCUUCACCUUUUUAAGUGGUCCAUUUUCUUUCUUGAAGUGAAAUCUUUCAUAAGUAAUUGCAUGUUAUAGCCCAGGUUGGCUGUACGUUUCCAGAUACUAGUGUACAUAUGAAUGAGAGUACAUAAUUAUGAAAUGUGCAUUAAUUUAUUUUUAAGGGCAUGAAUGCUCCUCCAGUCUGUUCAUACUGUAUGAAUGUAUAAUGUUUGUAUUUUUGUAAUUUAAAUUUUUAGAAUUGUCUUGAGAGAAAUAUUUUGACAUUUUAAGUGAAGGUAGGCACCAUAAAGUGUAUUUUAUUUGUGUGGUACACUACAGCAUCAUCUUUUCAAUGUAUAUUUACCAUUACUUUGUUUUGAACAAGCAAUUGUAAAAACUUUGUAGCGUGACACAAUGCUGUUAUUUUAUUGCAUUGAUAGUCUCUUUGGAGUUUGAAACAUGUUGAACUUUCUACUAGUGAUGGUUUUCAGCACACGUAAAACUAUAGGAAUGUAUCGUCAAUAUUGUGAUGUCAAUAUUGGGUUAUUUGUUUACUUGAAACCACCGAAUCAACCACUUUCAUCAAUAAAUAGUGUUGAAAAAAACAUUUUUGGUGAAACGGCUACUUCUACAUCAGUACAUAUGCUAAAUGAUGUCAAUAAAAAAAAUCAAAGAUGA